CAUCCAGUGCUUGAAUGCUCUUCAGUUCUCGCUUACCGGCUGGACUGCAUGUGUGUCUCUCUAUAAGGAAGGAGGAAGGUGCAACGGUGAGAGUGUGUAUGUGGGUGUCAGAGGGUGUUUGUGUGCGUGUCUGAGCAGUAUCGGGACCAAAGCACUGCGGAUUUGUGUGCAGCAUAUUCUGUGGACUGAUGCCCUCUGCUUCUCCGAACAGGACACACAGAUUUACCUGCUCAACAGAGGUAAGGUCAGAGGGCAACCGAACAACCAAAAAGCUGAGCCAGAUGGAGUUCUAGAAACGGGCCUUUGGACAGGGGGAAUCUUCUGUUUGUGCGCACAGAUUGAUCAAGUGUGCAACUGCUGAGAAGCAGACUGGUGUCUUUGCCACCUAGGCAGCAUCUUGAGGAACAAAGACUUCUGGGAAACUUGACGUGAACUGCUGAGGAAGGCUGGUGGACGUGACAAAAAGAAGGGAAAAGAAAGUGAAGAGCAGGAUGGAAACACAGAGCAGAGGGCACCUGAGAGGGGGAGGUUGCACACCCUCUGAAAGAACUGCUUCCUGUCUUCUGCUCAUACUUAUCACUGGUGUGUGUUACGUUCAUGCUCUGGAGAUGUCUACUGGUAAGAUCCCCUUUUUGGAAGCAGUGAACGGCAGCACAGUCCUUUUGCCGUGCACCUAUGCCAGUUGUAUUGGGAUCACUAACCUCUACUUCAAAUGGGAGUACAAUGAUAAUGGCACCAUGCAGAAGAUGGUUGAUUCUGUGAUUCCAACGGAUCAUGUGGAACCAAAUAAGGUGAACGUUUACCGUGACAGGGUGGAGUUUGUUGGCACCAGUAAAGGAAACAACAUCUCCAUACUGCUUUGGAAUGUAACAUUCGAGGAUGCUGGCGUCUACAGCUGCUUUGGCAAAAAUCCCAAAGAGAAGGGCAAGAAUCACACCGCCUUUUUCACUCUAUACGUAUUAGAGGAACUAAGGGUGGUUGAUAACACGCUCACCAUUAUCAUUGCCUCCUGUGUUGGUGGAUCCAUCGCUUUUUUAAUGGCCUUCAUGCUGAUAAAGAACUUCACACUGUUUGUUCUCGCAAAGAUUGAGGAAAAAAAUAAGGAGUGCCUUGUCACCUCCUCAGGGAUUGAUAACACGGAGAACGGUCUGUCGGGCUCCAAAUCUACUCCAAAGAAAGCAUGACAGCGUGUAUCCAAACAUGGUCUCAAAUGCAUGUGGAUCAGCCAUCAUGCUGUGCCCUCUCUGUUCAUUCACAUCCAUGUUUACAAAUGCUACACUUCUGUUUUCAUCAUAAAGGUAUAGUGUUAAACAAAUUGUAAAGAUAUUAAUUCGUAACAUAUCCAUGGAUGAUAUUCACAUGGCUCAAUUUAAGCAUUUCGUUCACUCAUAAACGUGGUUAUGAAUGAAAAGAGGGGCAUUAUGUAUUUCUGCAUAUAUUUACAUUUAUUUAUGCAGUUAAAUAUGCACCAGACUCAUGCACUUUAGUUCAUUGACCCACACUGUGUGGGAUGUAUUUAUUCUUAUGAUAGAAAGUUUUAAUUUUUCUUCAAACAAUGCUUAAGACAGGGAUAAAUUUAGCUAUGCUAUUCAUUUUGUUAAUUGAACUGGACUGUAAAACUGUGAAGGGCCCCCGGCCUCACGUGUAGGUGCCUGACUAAAAUAGUUAAGAAAUGAGUGCAGGCGAGGCAACACUUCUGAACUUCAGUUCACAGCUACUGUUUGGAGAUUAAGUGUUGUUUAGCAAAUGUCUAUGGAUUUUUAUUGUGAAUCCUUGUGUAAAUACAAAUGCAGUAUUGUUUGUCGAAUGGCCACCACCAACCUAAAAAUGUUGUAGACAGAUCAAUUAUGCAACAAUUUGAAGGAAAUAGUUUUAGAGGACACUAGUGAUUUGUAUUGUUUCGCUGACAGACAGACCCUCAGAGCAGAUGAAAAAAAACAACUGCAUGUUUUAAUGCAGUACUUCGGAAAAAACCAGCAGAAAACUGAUUAUAAUAAACAUGGAAGGAGGCUUAUUAGUAUAAUUAAAUUAAAAUAGGCCUUAUUGUAGCAGUCUUGAGUCCAGUUCUAAAUAAAACUCAUUACCGUUUUUGCUUGAAAAUAAAACACAGGUGCCUGUUAAUGCUUCUCUUGCCCCCUUUUGGCGAGGAUGACUCAAUCAAUGCAGAACAUUAUGAUGCAAAAAAAAAAUAAAAUAAAAAUAAAAACAGAAAUAGAAAGCGCUGCUAAAUUGCAAAAGUCACCAAAUAGAUAGUAAAUAAAUACAAGCUAAUGAAUGAUACUUGACAAUCUGUAGAAAUCAAUAUCCCCUUAGAGAAAAUCCAGAAUGAAACACUGAAAAUGCUGCUUCAGAUAAUUUUCAAUGCAUGUUAAAUGGCCAGACGUUUUAGGCAUACAUGGCUGACUAUAACAGUAGAAAUAUAUGUAAUGGUUUUUUAUUGAAAUAUUGAAACAAAUUGUCAUAUACUGAACAGAAUGAACUUGGUGAAUUUCCAUGCAAAACAAAAUAUUACCAAAAAGGAAAAAAAUAUAUAUAUAACCUUUUAAUGCAAACAGACAUACUGUGAACUGUAAACCAUGCAACUCACCCUAUGACAUCAUGAAAAUGCAAUAUUUAAAGGCAAUAAACUCAUCAUACAGUCAUGCAAAACAAUAAUGAUAGUAUAUAUGAUGUAAAUAUAGAUUUAAGUAGGCCGACCGAGAUAUGACUGGAUAUAGGUCUCGCUGGUUUUCAGCAGUUUAGCUAAUAAGCAUUUCAAACUUUCACUUGAGGGAUUCAGCAGGGAAUUCAGUGAAAAGGGACUGACGUCAAGAGGUCUGUUCCUCACCUCACCAAAUAAAAUUCGCCAAUAAUCCGUUCUUAAAAAUACAGAGCUGCUGUAUAAAACAGAAAAUGUCACCUCUAAAAGACAGAUAGCAAAUUAUCCUGCAUAUAAAAAGAAACGUUACAUCUUCUAGUUACAUUAUAUUUUUAGAGAUGAAAAGUAAAGCAUAAUAAAAACAUAUCUACUGAGAGCUCUCCUUAUAGGUACACCCAUUAUUACUGAAUACUUGAAUCAUUUUACAGGUCUUUGGAUUCUGGAAUUAUUGAGGAGUUUUACUGUGAAUCCUGGGUGAUGUUGGUCAUAAAAUUCUUGUGCAGAAAGUCUUCCUUGAUCAAAGCAACUUGUUUUCAGUGCCAAAAGUAGUUAACUCCAGAUAAACAGUUAGUCAGAGGUUGUUACAGUUUAACAUAUUCUUCUAGAUUUAUUAUAACUAUAGAGUGCAAAAUCAGUCUUGGAGAAAUCUGGUAAAUUUAUACUGAAUUUGGACCUGAAAAAAAGAAAAAAGCAAUGUACCGGUUUACUGUAUAUCCAAUAGCUCUUCUCUCAUACCCUCCGCAUCAUCACUAAAUGUCUAUGGAAAUAGCAAGUAUACUUUCUUUAUAGUAUUUUUAAUUUAUUUUUAAAUUGUAGUGUAGUUGAAAUGUUUGUAAUUCUGUUUGGAUCACUUGAAUGUAAGCAUUACCAUAAAAACUUUCAACUUUUCAAGUUGUGAUAGUGUCAUUGCACUGGCUGCAAUGACACUUAAAUCAGCUGUGCAUUGAAGAAGUGGAUAACUUCUGGCAUAUGUUGAGACUACACAGUCUUUUUUUUUAAUUUUGAUCCUUUAUGGCACACAGGUCAGUAAAGCAAUACACAUUCAGAGGGCUCUUUAGCUUCUUUUAAUAGGAGAAAUAUUGAGAAGGUACAUCCAUAAAUUUUCAAAGCACUUGUACUACCUCUUAUUCAGAAAUAUUUUCACCAUUUUGUGCUAAAUUUGUAUUUUAUAUUUCUCGGGUUAAGUGAAAUAGUUUGGCAUUCUGCGUGACUUGGGCUUUUAAUUAUUAUUAUUCCACUCUCCAUAUUUUUAUUCCCUUUAUUCAUUGUAUUAACAUAUCAGUUGUGGUUGGAUUAGCUAUUAUUUGUCCGGCUUGGCAGAGAUCAUGACCUAAUUGUGAUAGUUACACAUUUUUUUUCCAACUAAACCACAGGCUAAUACCACAAAUGUGAACUUCUAGUUUCUAUUUUUUUUUUAUUAAGUUGUAUUUAUCUGUUAAUGUGUCAUGUUUCUGUCGAAUACCUCAAACACCCAUUUCAUGUAGCCAUAAACAUAAAUCCAUAUGUUCACGUUUGGUGUGUCGGUUCACACAAACUGUGAUUCUAAACUGGAUUCUGUAAAGCUUUCUGCAGCUCACCGUAUGAAUAAGGGAAUGCCAGAAACAAAGCAAUUGAAGAUGUAGGAGAAACAAUAAAAGGUUGAUUGCUGAUUUUAUUAUAUUUUUUAAUUAUAUCAUGAAUGUACAACUUCUGUAAAUUGUUAUUUACAGUACAGUAAUUUGUGUGCAAACUAUAGAAAUGUUAUUAAAGCAUUGGAGUGCCACUGCAGCAAUGUUUUUUUGAAAGCUGGAUCAGAAACAUUCAAUGCUUUAUGAAUACCAAGCUAAACCAGACUGUUAACGCAGAAAUGUAAGACCAAUGAGAGUAGAGGCCUCAAAGUCAGCAAUUGUAGAAUUUGCAAUCCCAAUAUUCAAUUUUUAAUUCAACUCAGACAGAAGACACCAACAUCAAUACCUGCCAAAACUGAAUGCAAAAACACAUGCUAUAUCAUAGAUGCUCCAUUCUUGAUCCCAUUGUUUCCUCAAACAGGUGAAGGCCUAUUAGAUUUCUUUAUUAUAUGAAGCUACAAAAAAAGUUUUGGAUGAAAUAAAUUUGAUGGACUGGUAAAUGUAUCAUGCUUUAUUUAUUUGUUGCCUUCUACAUGCUUUUGGUUUAGAAAAAAGUUAAAACAUUUACAGUAUUUUAAUUGCUUUACAGUGAACAUACAGCAAAAUAACUGGAAAAUUGCCAUAGUGCUAUACUUCCAAUGAACAAGUGCGAUUUAAAAAAAA